AUGAGUACAGGUGGAGCUUUUGGAGGAAACAGAGGACUGAGACCUAUCCCACCAGAAAAGGGCAUCUUCCCUUUGGAUCACUUACACGAAUGUGAUACGGUACACUACUUCAACAACGGUUCUACUUCAACAACGGAGAAGACAGAAUAUCUUGCCUGCCUCAAGUCUUCAGGUAACAAAUCUGAGCAGUGUAGACAUCUCUCCAAGAAAUAUCUCCAGUGUCGAAUGGCCAAAAACUUAAUGGCGAAGCAGGAUAUGUCUGAACUUGGAUUUAGUGGGGUUAAAGAACUGGAUUCCACUGGAGAUCAGAAUAAAGAGAGUAUCCAACAUUGA